UCGAGGUAAUGAAAUGGUUACAAGUCCUUCAGUCCGGAUAAUCAACCACAAUUACUUAAAAAACCCGCAAACAGCUCAAAAAGCCAAACAGUCCAGCUGUGAUUACUGACAAAGGAUGUGCUCUGAAACGAAGACGUGAGUGAGUGCGCGCGCUGGAGACGCAAACGCUGGACUGUCAAUGCCCGGAUUCUCUAUUGAUCAUGCUAAUGUGUGGAGAUAUAACUUCUUAAAAUAAGCAGAAAUGUGGCCGGUUCGCUUCCUUCUCCUCUUCUGCCUGGUCUUCACGUUUGCGGUGCUUCAGAGGAGCAGCGGGCAGUCAGUGUGUCCUGGCACUGAUAACAAGCUCAGCACGCUGUCGGAUUUGGACCAGCAGUACAAAACUCUUCGGAAGUUCUACGUGAACUGUGAGGUGGUCAUGGGUAAUUUGGAGAUCACCAGUAUUGAGAGGAACCGGAACCUGUCUUUCCUCAAGUCUAUCCGGGAGGUGACCGGUUACGUGUUGGUGGCUCUGAACCAGUUUGACUAUCUUCCUCUGGAGAACCUACGGAUCAUCCGAGGCACUAAACUCUAUGAAGGACGCUACUCUCUGGCCAUCUUUCUCAACUACAGACGAGACGGCUACUUCGGCCUGAGACAGCUCGGCCUCAGGAACCUGACAGAAAUCCUGAAUGGAGGUGUGUAUGUGGAUCAGAAUAAGUUCUUGUGUCAUGCGGACACCAUCCACUGGCAGGACAUCAUCAAAAACCCUCGAUCUGAACUCCUGGUUGUGCCGUCGAACAACAGUGGCAACACAUGCAGAAGGUGCCAUCGCUCCUGUAACGGCCGCUGCUGGGGUCCUCAGGAGGAUCAGUGCCAGAGCUUGACGAAGACGGUGUGUGCGGAGCAGUGUGACGGUCGAUGUUUUGGGCCGUAUGUCAGUAACUGCUGUCACCGUGAAUGUGCAGGAGGCUGUUUCGGAACCAAAGACACCGACUGCUUCGCUUGCACCAACUUUAAUGACAGCGGCGCCUGCGUGACUCAAUGUCCUCAACCAUUCGUCUACAAUCCAACGACAUUCCAGCUUGAGCAUAAUCCCAACGCCAAAUACACCUAUGGAGCGUUCUGUGUCAAGAAAUGCCCACAUAACUUUGUGGUGGAUCACAGCUCUUGUGUCAGAGCCUGUCCGAGCAACAAGACGGAGGUGGAGGAAAAUAACAUCAAGAUGUGCAUCCAGUGCACUGAAAUCUGUCCAAAAAUGUGUGAUGGUAUAGGAACCGGCAGCCUUCAAUUAGCCCAAACUGUCGAUUCCAGCAACAUUGAGAAGUUUGUCAACUGCACCAAGAUCAACGGCAACCUCAUCUUCCUCAUCACAGGCAUCAAAGGAGACAUGUAUCAUGGCAUCAGUGCUCUGGAUCCGGAGAGACUAAAUGUUUUCCGCACCGUCAGAGAGAUCACAGGUUACUUGAACAUCCAGUCUUGGCCUGAAAAUAUGACUGACCUUAGUGUUUUUUCCAACCUUGUCACCAUAGGAGGAAGAACUCUCUACAGUGGUAUUUCUCUGCUGAUCCUGAAGCAGCGCUGGAUCACAUCUCUGCAGUUUCAGUCUCUGAGAGAGAUCAGCGCCGGUAACGUCUACAUGACCAACAACAGCCAGCUCUGCUUCUACAGCACAGUCAACUGGACGUCUCUGUUUCGCACCAGCACACAGAAAGCCCUGAUCAAGAACAACAGAGAGCCCAGAGAGUGCUCUCAACAGAGGAUGGUUUGUGAUCCGCUGUGUUCAGUGUCAGGAUGCUGGGGUCCCGGGCCAAAUCAGUGUCUGUCCUGUAAAUACUUCAGCAGGGGAAGAACGUGUGUAAGGUCCUGUAAUCUGUAUAAUGGAGAUGUUCGAGAGUUUGCCAAUGGAUCUGUGUGUGUGGAGUGUGACAGUCAGUGUGAGAAGGCUGAAGAUAAAUCUCUUACCUGUCACGGGCCUGGUCCAGAUCACUGUGUAAAGUGUCUGCAUCUCAAAGACGGGCCCAACUGUGUGGAGAAAUGCCCUGAAGGUCUGCAGGGAGCAAACAGCUUUAUCUUCAAAUAUCCUGAGACCAACAACGAGUGCCAUCCCUGCCAUCCCAACUGCACACAGGGGUGUACUGGACCCCGGAUCCAAGAUUGUAUCGGGAUGCUGGACAGGACUCCUCUGAUUGCAGCUGGGGUGAUUGGUGGGAUGUUCGUGGUCGUAAUUGUGGCUCUUGGAUUUGCCAUCUUUUUCCGCCGAAAGAGCAUAAAGAAGAAGAGAGCUUUACGUCGUUUCCUAGAAACAGAGUUGGUGGAGCCUUUAACACCCAGUGGCACGGCUCCCAACCAGGCACAGUUGCGUAUACUGAAGGAAACUGAACUCAAGAGGGUCAAGAUCUUGGGAACCGGAGCCUUUGGCACUGUUUACAAGGGAAUCUGGGUUCCAGAAGGGGAAACUGUGAAGAUCCCUGUGGCCAUAAAGAUACUCAAUGAAAGCACAGGACCUAAAGCCAAUGUGGAGUUUAUGGAUGAGGCGCUGAUCAUGGCCAGUAUGGAGCAUCCUCAUCUGGUGCGUCUUUUAGGGGUCUGCUUGAGUCCCACUAUUCAGCUGGUGACUCAGCUCAUGCCCCACGGCUGCCUGCUGGACUACGUUCAUGAACACCAGGACAACAUCGGCUCACAGCUGCUGCUCAACUGGUGUGUGCAGAUCGCAAAGGGUAUGAUGUAUCUGGAAGAGAGACGGCUGGUGCACAGGGAUCUUGCGGCUCGUAACGUGCUGGUUAAAUCUCCAAACCACAUCAAGAUCACUGAUUUUGGGCUCGCACGACUGCUGGAAACCAAUGAAAAGGAGUACAGUGCGGAUGAAGGCAAGAUGCCCAUCAAGUGGAUGGCUCUGGAGUGUAUUCACUAUAGGAAGUUCACACACCAGAGUGAUGUAUGGAGCUACGGAGUGACUAUCUGGGAGCUGAUGACAUUUGGAGGAAAGCCUUACGACGGGAUUCCCACACGGGAGAUUCCAGACAUCCUGGAGAAAGGCGAACGUUUGCCUCAGCCGCCCAUCUGCACCAUAGAUGUCUACAUGGUCAUGGUCAAAUGCUGGAUGAUUGAUGCUGAUAGUCGUCCACGUUUUAAAGAACUGGCCGCAGAGUUCAGCCGUAUGGCCCGAGACCCGCAGAGAUACCUCGUCAUACAGGGUGAUGAUAGGAUGAAGCUUCCCAGCCCAAACCACAGCAAGUUCUUCCAGAGUCUUCUGGAUGAGGAGGAGCUGGACGACCUGAUGGACGCUGACGAGUACCUGGUUCCUCAUUCCCUAAAUGCCCCUCCUACUUCCCAUAUACCACACCCACAUGUAGAUUCAAAUCAGAAUCAGUUUGGGUAUCAUGAUGGAAGUAGGUGUCCUGAGGAGGUAACAGGCUUUUAUGAAGGGGCUGCUACUGGAAAUGGACCCUCAGUUCUGGGAAGUGCACAACGAGCAGGUCUGGAUCUGGUGGAGGAGCAACACUGUAAUGGCAGCUUGAAGAAACAGGCCACGGUUCAUUCAGUGGAGGACAGCAGUGGUCAACGGUACAGUGCAGACCCCACUGUCUUGCUGGGAGAGAAAACACAGAGAGAAGAUACAGAUGAGGAUGGGUACAUGUCCCCUAUGAAGGACAAGAUCUCCACAAAUCAUUUGAAUCCCGUUGAGGAGAAUCCUUUCGUAACGAGACGCAAAAGCAAAGACGUUCACGCACUGGACAACCCGGGUUACCACAACACCCCUGACGGAAAGCCUAAAUGUGAAGACGAGUACAUCAACGAGCCCCUUUACCUCAACACGUUCAACAACGCCAGUGACAUCCACCAGGAGAUGUUACGGAAGAACGGAGUCUCCAUCCCAGCACAGGUGACCACGGCUGGCCAUAUCUCACAGACGGGUAAACCCCAUCACCACAGCCACGGGCCGCAUGUUCACUUCGCCAUACCUCCAGUUCAGCCGGUGCACCCCGGACCCAUGAGCCAAAACGAUCACCAUGCACAUUCAGUUCAGUCAGGUCACGAUCACGCCGUCAAAUCCGGCCCAUCAGCAGGUCAGAUCUGUCUAGUGAGCCAUCAAGUCCAACAGGGACACCUGAGCAAAUCCAACCGUUCACCACAACAGUUUCAAUUGGCGGCAGGUAAACUACCAGGUCACCCGGUGCAGCCAGGCAGCCAGAUUGGGACCGUUUUAGUGGACAAGAUGUACAAAAACAGCUUUGACAAUCCAGAGUAUUGGCAGCACAGCCUUCCUCCACCUCAAAUCUCCCAGGACCCUUCUUCGGCGGUCUGCAAUAACAAGUUCCUUUACAAGCAGAACGGCCGCGUUCAGCCUCCAGUGGCAGAAAACCCAGAAUAUCUGUCUGGUAUGAAGCCGGGAAUGGUCCUGCCUCCUCCUCCAUACCGGCAGAGGAACACUGUGGUCUAACAUCCAGGUCUCCAUGCUCUGUAGAGCCUGGUUCUUCUACCAGCACCUUAAAUGUCUUUCCUUUUAUCCUCAAAAAACGUUGAAUGCGAAUAACGUAAGCCACUGAACAGACGUUAUAAGACAAAACAAAAAAAUCAUUGAAGGAAAAGGUCAACUCAACUUAAUUCAACUCAACACAACUCCAUUCAUCCCCAUCCACCUCGCCAUGCAAGAACUUUUGUUUCCCUUCUACAGGUAUUUUAAUGAGCCUCAAACCAGGAUGUCAAUGAAGAUCUGAAGCUACACUGAUCGAACAUUCAGGCCCAAUCUCAAUUCUACCCCUUAGCCCUUCCCCUUACCCCAACCCCUUGUUUUGCGCGUUCCUUUGAAGGGGUAGAGGUGUCCCAAUUCUCUUUAGCUUGAAGGCGUAGGGCUAAAGGCAAGGGGUACAUUCCCCUUCGAACAAAGAUUUUUCAGCACCACACUCGUAUCCAAGGGUAAAGUCUAGAUCGGAUACGCGGCCAGCCGGAAGUGUGAUAUACACAUUAAUAUAGCAUAAUUUUUUUACGACACUGUAUUACAAUAAUUAAUAUUUUUACAGUACUGUGAUGGUUUGGUUUAGGGUUGGGGAUGGGAUAGGCGUUAAAAAAUACAAUUUAUUGGGUAAUUUAUUUGAUAGCAUAAAUAAUACUCUGUACAACUCGGUACAACUACUGUACGAUCUUAUUGCCACAUUAGAUCAUUAUGAUAAUAUAAUAUAUGCCUUCAGUGAUUUCCUGAAGAUAAAUACCAAACAAUAACACAACUGGAAUAACUACAGCAGUCGCGAUCGUCUGAUCUCAUAUGAAGCAAGAGAUCACGAUGACAUAUGAUGACGUGUGCAGGUGCUGUAUUGGUUUCCCAUUUCUUAGGGCUAAGUUUUGAAGCCCUUCCCAUAACACUCGGUUAGGGUAGAGCUACAAAAAUAGAAUUGGGAUUGGUCCACCAGUUAGCAAAUGUUUUCAGAGAAUCUCUCAUCCACACUGAAACAAUGGACCAUACUGAAAGACCAGACAUAGGUUUUCAUUAGGGCUGCACGAUACUGUAACAGUAUACAAUAUGUGAUGUUGUUGAGUAUUAAGAUAAAAAUAUUUCUUACGAUAAAAGGUUCCCCUAGAAAAACAUGCUAUUUUUAUUAGCUGUUUUUAAAUUAACAGAUUUUUUCAGAUCUAAUUCAGACUAAAGAACAUAGCUGCCAACAUUUGUCUCUGAAAUGCCGGGAGAUUGGGAGAGGUGGAAAUGGGGUGUUUGAGUAACACAGUUGAGAACCUUGGGGCGUGGUAGUGUUUGUGGUGUUAGUAACUGUACUAUGGACCGGGUUUCGGGUGGCCGUGGCGAUCAGAUACUACAUCAAAUUUGGCGACCGGGGAUGUUACAGACUGUACCAAAAAGGUGAGGACCAGGUCGUGUGGGGGGGGGGAAUAGAUAGAUAGAUAGAUA